AUGGCAUUGGCUAUUUUUUCAUUCAACAAUAUUUCACAGCAACUGGCCAUUCGACAAGCUGGAGGAAUCAGUUUCAGCAUCUUUGAGGAAUUUCUGGAGUCUUCAGAUCUUUAUUUCCAGGCUUAUGCUGCUUUUCAGAUUGUAGUUCUUGCUCGUGUCAUAAUUGGUCGCAGUCCUGUCUUCCUCACAGCUUCAGGCAUUUCUCUUCUGGUACGGAUAUUAGAGUCUGCAGAUGACGAUGUGGUUGUGUUGGUGGCUAGCCUUUUGUCCAGCCUGGCACACACAAGGGCUGGUAUCACAGAUGCGAUGGUCACAGUUGGCCUCCUUGACUUGUUGGUCAGCAGGUUGUCCACCUCAGAGAAUUCUCAGGUGCGAAAUGCUGUAGCUGUGACACUUGGUUACCUGACAUUCAAUCCAACAGCUGCACGACUUUUAUUUGCAACCUGCAGGAAUAUUCCUGGUUUAUAUAACAGACUCAUGAAGAAUAUUGGUUUUCAUCCGAAAAUUAACAGCAAAUUUGAGGACAAUUUCAGACGAGCUCGUCUUGUUGGCUUACCAUCUCAAUGCCUUGAAAUUAAUGGUGGACGACCUGUCAUCCCACCCAGUAGAAGUAAGGGAGCGUUUUCCCGAUCGCUGACUUCAACAGGCAGUCAUCAUCGACAUGUCAUGUCUGUCAACAGAGUAUAUCAACAACAUCAUGUCUUAAUAUUUAUCCUUUCUUUCUUUCUUUCUUUCUUUCUUUCUUUCUUUCUUUCUUUCUUUCUUUCUUUCUAA